AUGAGUUUGGUCACUAUACCGGUGAAAUACUUGGCGAAACACUUUCUCAAAGGGUAUAGGAUCGAAAUGGAGGAUCCUUACUUUGAGAAGGCGGAAUAUGUCAAGAAAUCAUUUCUCACUGGUUCUACAAAGUUGGUUAGCCGCAGAGUAAGAAAGCCUAUAGCGGAAUUUUUACCAGUUAAAGAUAAAACUAUCCUUAGUAGGGUCAAAAAGCAGGCAUAUUGGUCUGAUAUGGUGUUUAAUGUUUGCGGCGUACGGUUUGGAUGGAAUGGAGUUAUUGGGAUGAUUCCCGUUAUUGGUGGCUUUAUUACAAUUUUCUUUUCUUUGAGCUUGUUACAGCAGGCAUGUGGCAUAAGCGGUGGCUUACCUUUAAGUUUAAAAAUUCAGUUCAUUCUGAACAUCGUCUUUGACUUCUUGAUGGGAAUGGUGCCAAUUGUGGGUGAUUUUGUAUCCAUCGCUUACAAGGCUAAUUCCCGGAAUAUUUUGUUACUGGAGAAAUACCUUGUGGAAAAGUACGAGACAAGGAAGACCAAUUAA